AAUACUUUUAAGAAUUUUAAAUUUGAAACAAACUAAAUUGCAUUCUAAAAAAUGGAGAAAAAUGUCAAUAUUUCAACUAAUUAGCAUAACAACUUAACUCUUCAAUGUUGUUCAUGUUGAAUAUUUCCUCUGUAAAUUUUUUCAUUGCUGAAACAGAAGGUUGAUUGAUGCUGCUGCCUAGUAACAUGGCAAGUGCAGCACAUGGAGGUGAUCAUGGGCCUACGUCGCCAGAUCAUGAAUUUUCAAAUAAUGAGAUAUCGUCCACUGGGAUCUUUUCUUCGGAAUUUAGAAAGCAUGAAGAUCUCAAAAAUAUGUUGGAUGGUAAUAAAGAUGUUUUGAAAUUAGAAGCAAUGAAACGAAUUAUUGGUAUGAUAGCCAAAGGAAAAGAUGCUUCAGAUUUAUUUCCUGCUGUUGUCAAAAAUGUAGUUUCCAAAAAUAUUGAGGUUAAAAAACUUGUUUAUGUUUACUUAGUGAGAUAUGCUGAGGAACAACAGGAUUUAGCUUUAUUAUCUAUUAGUACAUUUCAAAGGGCUUUGAAAGAUCCUAACCAAUUGAUACGUGCUAGUGCUUUGAGGGUAUUGUCAAGCAUUAGAGUUCCUGUUAUUGUUCCAAUCAUGAUGCUUGCAAUUAGAGAUGCUGUAAAUGAUAUGUCCCCUUAUGUUAGAAAAACAGCAGCCCAUGCUAUUCCUAAGUUGUACAAUCUUGAACCUGAGGAGAAGGACCAGCUGAUUGAAGUUCUAGAAAAACUAUUAUCUGAUAAAACAACACUGGUGAUGGGUAGUGCUGUGAUGGCUUUUGAAGAAGUAUGUCCAGAAAGAAUAGACUUGAUACAUAAAAAUUACCGAAAGCUAUGCAAUCUUUUAGUUGAUGUUGAGGAAUGGGGCCAAGUAAUAAUUAUCAAUAUGCUUAUACGCUAUGCACGGACACAGUUUGCUGAUCCAAAUAAGUUUGAGGACAAUAGGAAUGGAAAAGAAAAACCUUUUUAUGAUUCAGAUAAUUCUCAUAGCAAAGAUGAAGAUGAUGUUAAAGAUUCCAAGGCUUAUGUUAUGGAUCCUGAUCAUCGUUUGCUUCUGAGAAAUUGCAAACCGUUGCUUCAAAGUCGAAAUUCUGCGGUUGUCAUGGGUGUUGUGCAAUUGUAUUAUUAUUUAGCUCCUCGUUCUGAAGUUAAUAUUGUUGCAAAAGCUCUUAUAAGAUUAGCCAAAAGUCACAGGGAAAUUCAGUCAAUCAUUUUAAGUACAAUAGCUACUCUUACUACCAAGUUUAAGGGUAUGUUUGAACCUUAUUUGAAAAGUUUUUUUGCACGAUCAACUGAUCCUACCCACAUUAAACUACUUAAGUUAGAAAUUUUAACAAAUUUGGCAACAGAAGGAAAUGUAUCAUUCAUUUUAAGAGAGUUUCAAUCUUACGUUUCAAGCCCUGACAUGGAAUUUGUAGCUGCAACUAUACAAGCUAUUGGCCGAUGUGCUGGUUCGAUAUCUGAGGUUACAGAUACAUGUCUUGGAAAACUUGUAUCUUUAUUGUCAAACAAAAAUGAAACAAUUGUUGCAGAAAGUGUCGUUGUUAUCAAAAAACUCCUUCAAAUGCAGAUAACUGACCAUAAGGAUAUCAUAAUAGAUAUGUCUCGUUUGAUGGAUAGAAUAACUGUUCCAAUGGCUCGGGCUUCUAUUUUAUGGCUUAUAGGAGAAUAUGCAGAAAAAGUUACUAAAAUUGCUCCUGAUGUGUUACGGAAAGUUGCCAAGACUUUUUCUAGUGAAGAAGAUAUUGUGAAGCUUCAAACUAUUAAUUUGGCUGCAAAAUUGUAUUUAACAAACAACAAGCAAACUAAUCUUUUAGUACAGUAUGUUUUCAAUCUGGCUAAAUAUGAUACUAAUUAUGAUAUUAGAGAUCGUGCUCGAUUCCUUAAACAGCUGAUAAUGAACUCUAAUGAAAAAUCUACAUAUUUAUCAAAGCAUGCCAAAAAGAUAUUGUUAGCUUCAAAACCUGCUCCAGUAUUACAAUCUAGAUUUAAAGACCGUGAUCGUUAUCAACUGGGGUCACUGAGCCAUUUCAUUAAUGCCCAUGCAAUUGGAUAUCAUGAUCUUCCUGAUUUUCCUCUUGAAGUGCCUGAUCCAUCAGUUAGAAAUGUAGAAUCUCAAAUGCCAUGGCAAGAGUUCAACGUAACAAAGAAAAAGAAAAAGAAGAAACUUGUAAAAAAGAAAUCAUUUUAUUCUGAAACUGAGUCCAGCUCACCUGAAGAAGAGGUCUCAUCAGCUUCUGAAGCUGGUAAAAAUGAAGCAAAUGGCGACAUUUCUGAAGGUUCUGAAGCAUCUAGUGCAUCAGGCAGUUCUACUGAGAGUGAUACUGAUUCUGAGAGUGAUGAAUCAGAUUCAGAAAAUGAGAAGGAAUCAGAACAGAAUAUAAUUGAUUUUGAUGAGCCGUCUUCUUUAAAUAAUGAUAUUGUUCAGGAACCAAAUACAAAAUCAGCUGUUACUCCUAUAACAAACUCAGUUUCAAAAUCUAAAAAUAUUAUACAUUCCUCAAAAAAAGUUGAGAAGAAAAAGAAAAAAGUGUCUUCUGAAUCUGACUCUACAAGUGAAUCUGAAUCAGAAGAGGAAACAUCUGAUGAUUCUUCUGCCUCUGAGGAAGAAGAAAAAGUAAAUGCUUCAAAAAAGAAGAUGAAAGGGACAAAACCAAAGAAAGAAGUUGAUUUGUUGUUAGAUUUAAAUGACUUUACAACGGAAGAUGCACCAAAUAAUCCAAUUUUACAACCUUCUGCAUUCAAUGAAAUACUUACUCUUACACCAUCCACAAAUAAUCCAUCUAAAAUCAUGAAUGUUUCUACUAAUAAUGUUUCUGCUAAUAUAAAGACUAUAUCUGCUACGUAUACUCCUGUGAAAGCACAUGAGUUGUUGAAUAAGUUUACAGGAAAUGGUCUUUCUUUGACAUAUCGUUUCACUCGCAGUCCCAACUUAUAUUCUGCUAAGAUGACAACUAUAGAGUUGGUAUUGAAAAAUGAAUCUGGAGUUGAUAUAAAAGGAAUUGUUGUUCCAACAAAGAAAAUUGGAAAUAUUGAAGUGCAUGGCUUUCCAGAGAGAGAUGUUUUGCCACCAAAUUCUACUUUUGUUGUUAGCAUUGGUAUAGAUUACAAUGAAAGUACCCAGCCUGCAAAAUUUGAUUUGAAAACCAGUGAAAGAAGUUAUUCUUUAUCAAUUAAAGCUCCGAUUGGUGAAAUGAUUCAACCAGUGUUACUCUCUGAAGGCGAAUUCAUGUCUUCUCAGGGUAAACUUAAAGGGAUGAAUGAAAAUUCAGGAACAGUUACUUUGUCUUCUGGACAUACUGAUGAGAAGGCUCUAGUGCAGUAUAUAUAUGAAGCAGCAAAUGUUGCUCAAGUCCAAAAUAAUAAUCAAGAGUCUGGAAUUCUUAGAUUCUCAGGUCAAACACCUGAUUCUAAAUGUUUGGUCCUUAUCUCCAUCCAAGUGUUUACAAAUGGCAAAGCAAGUGUUGCAGUGAACUGUGAGAAAAUGAUUAUUGGCUCUAUGCUUUUUAAAGAAUUGAAAGAAGCUCUUGCUAAAUGAUAAUACUAAAAAUAGAUGUUUUUUAAAAUAAUUUCUUAAAGAAAUGGAAGAGAAAAAGCAAUACACUGUUACCUGAUUGUUCUCUUCAGGGGGUUAAUCUGUCUAACUCUAAUAUAUUGUAAAAAUGUACAGGGAAAAUUAUAUUUUCAUUAGGUAAUUAUUUCUCAAUUGCUCAUAUUUGACAAAUUUCAAAUUAUAUUUACUAUUUUUGCAUUGGAUUGUAUCAAGGUAUGUAUUGGUCAUUGUUUUAUUUCUCUUAUUCAUAAUUCAGUAAAAUGUGCUUUUGUUGUCUUUAAUAUAGUUUUGUUUAACUAUUAAUUUAGCCAAUACGUUUAAUUAUAUGAAUAUCUUGAUUCAGUGCCUGGAACAUUUAUUUGAUUCUUAAUUAGUAUCAGUACCAUGUUUACAGAAUAUAAUUGGUAUCAUGAGGCAUGUUAUACAUAAUUAUAAAAAAUUAAAUGCCUUAUUUUCACAGCCAGUCAUUUAAUCCUUCUGUAAAAGUAUCCAUGUAAUUUCAUUGUAAUUAAACUUCCUAGUAUCAUGUCAUGGCUCGAGACAAAAUUGUGUAAAAUUUUCACUAAUAGAUACUUGCUUAAUAUGGAGAAAAAUCCGUCAAAUCUAUUUGAUUAAAGUUUGAGAAAAGCUGAGUUUAAUGCAGAGAGUGAUAAAUGUGAAGUUGCGAAGUGUUUUGAAGAAUUAGAAAUUAAAAACGCAACAUUUUUGCUAUGCCAUUGUUAAAAUUGUCCUAUGAUACCAAUAAAGAGUCAAAUUACUUAUUUUGAUAUCUGCUGACCUUUUUUUUGUUUUUAAGUUAUUCAUUUGCUUUUUGUUAUUUUUUAAAUUGAUAAUAGGGUGACCUGGAGAUAUUAGUAUUGUGCGAAAAUUUUGCAACCUCUAGAAAAAUUUCUUGUGUCAACCUUUAGUUUUGUUAAAUUUGUAUACUUUUUAUUUUUAGUUUAUUGUUCUUAUUAUUGCACUUCUUAUAAUUAACUUACUUAACAUUUCACUAAUUUUUAAUGAAAUUAAAUUUAAAUAUGAAAUUAGCAAUGCAAACCAGUUUUUCAAUGAUUAAUAUUAAAUAAAAGUAUAUUUUUAGUGUUUUACUAACCAUAUUAAGAAAAAGCUUAAUAAUUCUAAAAGUAAGUUUUUUUUUUUUUUUUAAAUUUUUUUUUAUUUUACUUAAACAGCAUAGUUUUAAUAUGAAAGGGAAAAUGAUAAAAAUGUUAGUUUUUUUUUUGUUUUUUUUUUUGUACAUUUUUGAAAAUUUACCAAGAAAAUAUUUAUGGUUCAAAUUGUUAUAAAUAUCUAUUUAUUGAUGCAUUUAGCAAAAAUUAUAAGCUAAAAUUAUUAACUUAAUGUAAUUCAAUGGUGUGGAAUUUGGUUUUUAUUUAAGUGGGAAAAAUUUAAUUUUAUUACCAGUGACAUCUAAAGUGUUUUUAAUGCUAAACUAUUUUUUAAAUUACAUUAAAAUUGAAUUAUAUUCAAAUGAUUCAGAAUUAUGUAGCUUAUCUUAAAAUAUAUUACUUUUAUGAAUAUUAUUGAAUAAAUUUAUUUUUAUUGUAUGUAUUUAAGUACAGCAUAAUUUGUUAUUUUCUAAAAAAAUAUUUUAUUUCCUCUAUUACUUGACUUCAAAAGUCUUAAAUAGUUUAGUAAAUUACUGUAAAACUUGUUAAAUGAAACUUUGGUGUAUCAGAAAAAAUUGAAAUGACCUAGAAAUUUAUUUAUGUUUGCAUUAAACUCUAAAUUUAAGUAAUGUGAUCUAAAAAACUAUUUUUGCAAAAAUUUAAGAAAAAAUUGUAGAUAAUAGUUUAAAAUAUAUGUUUUUUGUGCGAUAAAAAUAAGUUAUUAUUUUAAAGAAAUAUGCAUUUAUACUGUCUAUUAUUACUUUACCCCUUUCCAAUAUAAAACAAGCUAGUGAUUUAUGAUUAUUGAAUUGCUAACAUUGAAGUAUGAGAUGUUAAGAAUUAUCUGUAAUACCUAUGAGAAUGAGCCAGUGUUUUAUCUGCAAGGCAAAUAAUUUUAUAUUACUUUAUUUUUCAUUCAUUGAAAAUUCUUUUUUGAAGGUUAAGGUAUCAGUUUUAAGGUCUGAUAGUGUUUGCUUUGCAG